CUAACCAUAACCUUUUGACAAAACUUAUUGCAGAUAUAUCCAACAAUUUAUCUCAAUAUUAACCAAACACAUCAUUAUAAUUAAAAAAGACACCUUGUAAUUAAAAUGGAAGAAUCGAAAGAAACUCCAGAAACGGAAAGUGAUUUUAGCAUAGAGUGUUUUCAAAAUUACACAGCCCCCGAAGUAUUUAUACAAGGAUUAGCUGGUAUUGUAGAUCAACAAGACGUUGAAACUAUGAUUAGGGCCCAAAAGCAAAUGUUACAAAGGUUUGAGAAAACUAAUGAAAUGCUUACAAAUUGUAAUGCAUUGAGUGCUAAUCGGUUAAAAACUGUUGGUCCUGAAUUUAAAAAGCACAGUCAAACUCUUCAUGAAAUGAAAAAAGAUUUAGAUUAUAUUUUUAGAAAAAUUAGAGCUAUUAAAAGCAAAUUAUCUACGCAAUAUCCUGAUGCUUUCGCUGAAGCACUUCGAAGUAGUUUAGCUGAGGAAUGUAAAGAAGAUGAAGAUUAUGAACAAAAGGAAACUCUAUGUAAAAGUGAAGAAAAUAAAAAUAAUAGUGAAACCAAUGUGAACAUUGAAAACGAAGGCAAUAAAUAAUAAUGAAUGUUUUUUUAAACUAAUA